AUGGCGGAAGCAUUUGAGCGCUUCAAGCGCUUCGAAUACAGACAAAACAGCAACCUGGUCUUGCAACGCGACCCUUACCUUACCGGGGCCCCAGGGGGUGCUCAUCAGGGGGAACCAACGGGAGAGCCUGAAACCCUGGCUGGUCGCAAACUGUACCCAAUGGGCGACAAGGCAGAGAGAGGCUUGAAGAAGGAGGAAAAGGAGAAGAUCGGAAAGCGGAGGGCAAAGCAAGCAGAAGGAGGACUUGCCAAAAGGAGCAAACUUGACGUUAAAAAGGGCGCCACUGUGCUCGACGCUGAUGUGACGGAGAACUUCUUCUACCGCCCGACGACCCGUGCCACCAACCAAGUGUACGAACAGCUGCUCGUGGUGCUUCAGCAACAGCUAGGGGAUCAACCAGACGAGGUUCUCCGGGGGGCUGCUGACGAGGUGCUGCAAGUACUGAAAGAGGACGGUAUCAGAGAGGGAGACAGGAAGAGGAGCAUAGAGGGAGUGCUGGGACCCAUUACCCAGGACAGGUUUACGAAGCUGUUUCAGCUAUCCAAGAAUAUUACAGACUUUCUGGGGGCCGAUCAAGACAGAUACGAUGCCGGCGAGCCAGACACGACCGCUGGUGUUGCGGUGGUCUUUGACGAAGAGGACGAGGGCGAAGACGAUUACGGGUAUUCGGACGUCGAGGCGGAGGGAGACGAGGAAGAUGACGAAGAGACAGAAGAACAAGAGGAAAAGGAAAAGACAUAUCUCGCAGCCAAGAAUCUGGACGACGAAGAGGUAGACAGCGCGGAGUCUGCGUACUCUGUGGACGUAUCAAAGAUCGACCCGCACUGGCUGCAAAGGGAACUUAACGCUGUUUUCUCGGAUCCAAAUCAGGCGGUCGCUACGGAGAAGGAAAUCUUGUCCAGCCUGCCGAUUCCGGACAUUCAAGAGUGUGAGAACAAGUUGGUGCUAAUCCUUAAGUACGAGAACUUUGAGCUCGCGAAGAAGAUCCUAAAGAACCGCUGGAAGCUCUUUUACUGCAUCCGGCUAGGCCAGGCGCAGACGACGGAGGAGAAGGAAGGUAUUCGUGAGGAGAUGAAACACACCCAAGAAGGGCAAGAGGUUCUAGAGCUCCUCGAUGCCCUAACCUCCCGUAGGAACAAGGAAAAAGAAGUCACCCUGAACGUCCGCAAGGAGGCAGCGACACUCGCCGCCAAGGCCCAGGCUCGAGACGCCUCUCUGCGUGCUGCGGAAGCGGAAGACGACGCCUCUGCGUUGGGCGGGGGGGCCCCAGGGGCCCACGGUGCACCGGGGGCUCUCUCAACUCAGGGUGCUCAGAGGAAGCCAACGGGUUCUGUCGACUUGCAGGGCGUCACCUUCCAUCAGGGUAGUCAUCUCAUGGCCAAUGCAAAGGUUAAGCUUCCAGAUGGGGCUCAAAGGAUCGAAACAAAGAGCUACGAUGAGGUUGUUGUUCCUGCUCUGAAGCGGCCAGUCGAGAAGGGCGAGGGCCUUCGGGCAAUCUCGACACUCCCGGAUUGGGCUCAGCCUGCGUUUACUGGAGUCGGCAUCGAGCGACUGAACGCGCUGCAGUCCAAAGUUUUCGACAUCGCGUUUAAUACGUACGAGGAGAAUUUGCUGCUCUGCGCCCCCACGGGUGCUGGUAAAACGAACGUUGCCAUGCUCGCGAUGCUGAACGUUAUUGGGCAGUACAGAAACGCGGCAACAGGCAACAUCGACCUGAAGGGGUUCAAGAUUAUUUACGUCUCCCCCAUGAAGGCGCUUGUAGCGGAGCAGGUGCAGGCCUUCUCGCAGAGGCUCCAGCCGUACGGUAUCUCGGUUCGGGAGCUCACAGGAGAUGCGAAUCUGACGCGCGAAAAGAUUGAGGAAACGCAAGUGAUUGUCACGACCCCCGAGAAGUGGGAUAUUAUUACAAGAAAGGCUGGAGAACGCGCCUACACCCAGCUUGUGCGGCUGGUGAUCAUCGACGAAAUCCACCUUCUGCAUGAUACUAGGGGCCCGGUUCUGGAGGCGAUCGUAGCUCGCACCAUUCGCCAGAUUGAAAUGUCGCAGGAACACAUCAGACUGGUGGGGUUGUCCGCAACGCUGCCCAACUACGAAGAUGUCGCAGUUUUCUUGAGAGUCAAACCAGAGAGGGGGCUCUUUGUCUUUGGAAAUCAUUACCGCCCCGUGCCUCUCAAGCAAACCUAUAUCGGCAUUAAGGACAAAAAAGCUAUCAGACGCUAUAACACCAUGAACGAUGUUACAUACGAAAAGGUGCUAGAAUGCGCCGGAAAGAACCAAGUGCUGAUUUUCGUGCAUAGCAGAAAGGAGACCGUGAAGACAGCCAAGUUUAUCUGCGACGCAGCCAUGCAGAAGGACACGCUGCCUCGCUUUCUUCAGACUUUCUCGGCGAGCCGGGAGAUUCUUCAGGCUGAGGCGGAAGCGGUGAAGACGCAGGACCUAAAGGACUUGUUGCCUUACGGCUUUGCGGUCCAUCACGCAGGCUUGCCUAGAACUGACAGAAAGCUCGUGGAGGAUUUGUUCGCAGACAGGCAUAUUCAAGUGCUCGUCUCCACAGCUACGCUGGCGUGGGGUGUCAAUCUGCCAGCGCAUACGGUCAUCAUCAAGGGUACUCAAGUCUACCUGCCCGAGAAGGGUGCCUGGUCCGAACUUUCGCCAAUGGAUAUUCUACAGAUGAUGGGACGUGCGGGGCGCCCUCAGUACGACACUAGCGGCCAUGCCAUCCUUAUCACGCAGCACAGCGAGCUGCAGUUCUACCUGUCGCUCAACAACCAGCAACUACCAAUCGAGUCUCAGAUGAUCGGCUGCCUCCCCGAUAUGUUGAACGCCGAGAUCGUCUUAGGGUCUAUUAGAAGCAGAGAAGACGCCGUUCACUGGCUGGGAUACACAUACCUCUACGUGCGCAUGCUGAAGGCACCCGCCUUGUACGGCAUCUCGCCUGCCGUGCUAAAAGAAGACAAGCUGCUUGAGCAGUAUUGUAUUAAUCUAGCAGACUCUGCCUUGAAAAUCUUGGACCGCCACUUCCUCAUAAAGUAUGACAAGCGGACGGGCACGAUCCACGUGACGGCGAUGGGGAGGGUGGCGAGUCACUACUACAUUAAGCACUCGACAAUUGCGGUGUACAAUGAGCACCUCAAGCCAACGCUCUCCGACAUCGAGCUGCUGCGCUUGUUCUCCCUGUCUUCGGAGUUCAAGUACAUGCCUGUUAGAGAGGAGGAGAAGCUGGAAUUGCAGCGGCUCAUGGAGAGAGUCCCCAUUCCCGUGAAGGGCUCUCCCGACGAGUCGUCAUCCAAGGUCAACGUCUUGCUGCAAGCGUACAUCAGCAAGCUCAAGCUUGAGGGGUUCGCCAUGAUGGCGGAUAUGGUGUAUAUCCAGCAGAGUGCCAACCGGAUCAUGCGGGCCAUUUUCGAUAUAUGCCUGAGGAGAGGAUGGGCUCAGCUAGCCAUGCGAGCCCUCCAGUUUUGCAACGAAAUUCAGGGCCGCAUGUGGAGUACGAUGACACCACUGAGGCAAUUCAAGGUGCUGCCUGAGGAGUUGCUGCGCAAGAUCGAGAAGAAGGACCUGCCCUUCGAUCGGUAUUACGAUUUGACAUCGACCGAAAUCGGGGAACUAGUGCGCGUGCCCAAGAUGGGGAAGCUGCUGCACCGCCUUAUUCACUCCUUCCCAAAGCUGGAGCUUGCAGCCUUCGUGCAGCCUUUAAGUCGGUCUUGUCUUGUCGUCGAGCUGACCAUCACACCCGAUUUCCAGUGGGACCCCAAGAUACAUGGAAACGGAGAAGUCUUCUGGAUCAUCGUCCACGAUGUUGACUGCGAGCAAAUCCUGCAUCACGAGAUGUUUAUUCUCCCUGCUUUCCAGGGAGAGGUCGAGCACACUCUCACGUUCACGUUGCCAGUGACGGACCCGAUCCCACCAAGUUACUGCAUUCGCGCUAUUUCAGAUCGUUGGCUUCACUCCUCUGCCUCUCUCCCUAUAUCGUUUAAGAAUCUCAUUCUUCCAGAGAAGCCUAUGCCUCAUGCAGAGCUUCUGGAUCUGCAGCCGCUGCCAGUGUCGUCGCUGCACGAUAAGAAGGCCGAGGAACUUUAUAAGAACGAUGGCAUCAAGGCGUUCAACCCCAUUCAAACACAGGUGUUCUCGACUUUGUAUUCGACAAGCGAGCCUGUCCUCCUCUGCCUGCCGCCGACGAGUGGCAAGGAGAUUUGCAUCGAAUUUGCAAUCCUCAGGAUGCUAAAGACGGAGCCGGCUAGCGCGUGGAAGGCCGUGUACCUCGCCCCUUAUGAGUCUGUCGUACAGGAGACUUUGCGCCAGUGGAGCUCCAAGUUGGGUGGAGGCCUCGGCCUUAGAGUGACAGAGUUGACAGGCGAUUUGCAUGCGGAUCUGAAGCUGCUCGAGCAGUCGCACAUUGUCUUGUCGACUCCAGACAAGUGGGACUUUCUGUCACGGCGGUGGAAGACGCGCAAGGUGUUGCAGUCCAUUCGAUUGCUGGUUGUCGACGACCUGCAUCUCUUGAACUCCCCGGUUGGCUCGACUCUCGAAGUCUGUCUCUCUCGCAUGCGGUACAUAUCCGCUCAGCUGCCGCAGCCCGUCCGCAUCGUUGCUUGCGCGAAUUCUCUUUCGAACGCAAAGGACGUGGCAGACUGGCUCGGCGUCUCGGCUAGCGGGCUGUUCAACUUCCACCCAAGCGUGCGGACCGUGCCUCUGGAGAUUUCUCUCCACGGCUUUGAUGUGUACAACAGAGAGGCGCGUCUGCUGGCCAUGUCACGAGCCGUCCACCAGGCCAUCAAGCUCUACACGGCCCCCUCCGCGGAUGACAGCAGGAGUCGCAGCAGCCGCAAGCUGAAGAACGUCUUAGUGUUCUGCUCAGACAGGAAGCAAUGCAGGCUCACUGCCAUCGACCUGCUCCUCCAAACGGCAGCUGACGACCAACCAAAGAAGUAUCUUCAUGUUUCAGACGAUACAAUAAAGCAGUACACCUCGAUUGUGCGCGACAAGAUGCUUCUGGAAACCCUCUCAUACGGUGUUGGCCUCUAUCACUCCGGACUUUCUGCAGCAGAGCGGCUUCUGGUGCAGCAGCUGCACUCCAGUGGCGCUAUUCAAGUGGUUGUCGCGGCCGAAGAAGCUGCAUGGGGGCUGCAAAUGAGUGCCCAUUUGGUCGUAGUCGUCGAUACGAAGCGCUUUACUGAAAACGGUUACGAGGAUUAUCCCAUAGCCGAUGUCUUGCAGAUGCUCGGCCGCGCUACACGACCCGGCAUUGACAAGCACGGCUACGUGGUGCUGCUGUGUCCCUCCAGCAAGAGGGAAUUUUACAAAAAGUUUAUUUUCGAGCCUCUUCCCAUCGAGUCGCAACUCGAGCAGCACCUCCAGGACCAUGUGAACGCGGAAGUUGUCCUCAAGACUAUCGAGAGUAAACAAGACGCGGUCGAUUGGUUGACAUGGUCGUUCCUCUACAGGAGACUUUCUAAGAACCCCAAUUACUAUGGCCUGCAAGGGACGUCUCACCAGCAUCUUAGCGACUAUCUCUCCGAGUUAGUUGAGUCUACAGUCCACACCCUUGAGCAGGCGCAGUGCGUCGCGGAGAAGAACGAAGUGGACCUCGAGCCUCUGAAUUUGGGGCUUAUCUCAGCCUUCUACUGUGUGAAGGUUGCCACUAUCGAACUCUUUAAUCGUUCUCUUGCUCCCACCUCCAAGCGUCGCGCCCUUCUAGAGAUACUCUCGGCAGCAGCAGAAUUUGGAUCGCUGCCUCUGCGUCCUGGGGAAGAGACGGUCCUUAAAGGCAUAGCCCAGCGCAUAGGUUUGAAGCUCCCCGCCAGCACGGACUUCGCCAAAGCCAGCACAAAGGCUCUGGUGCUGAUCCAUGCGCACUGUCAGCGGGCAACCCUGCCAAGCGACCUGGUGGCAGACCAGAAGCAGGUGCUAGAGCCUUGCGUGCGACUGCUGCACGCUUUAGUAGAUGUCAUUGCGAGCAACGGAUGGCUUAUACCAGCCCUAGCCGCGAUGGAGGUAUCGCAAGCCAUCAUCCAGGCCGUUCCGCAUGCUGGAUCAGGAGAGCAGAACAAACUGUUGGCGUCGCCGCUGAGACAGCUGCCUCACUUCUCUGCAGACCUCGUGAAGGCUGCGAACGCAAUGGAUGUAAAGGACGUGUUCGACUUCAUGAACAUGGAAGACGCACAGCGAGAAAAACUCCUUGCGCCUCUAACCCAAGCCCAACUUCGCGAAGUCGCCAAGGCCAGCAACAGGUACCCCGUGGUUUCCCUCGAGUUUUCGCUAUCCAAGACGGAAAAUCUUAAUCCAGGAGAAGGUGUCCAGUGCACAGUGCAGUUGGAACGAGACUUAGCGGAUGGUGAUGUUGUCGGUCCUGUAUACGCGCCCUUGUUCCCCAAGGAAAAGGAGGAGCAGUGGUGGCUGGUGAUCGGGCAGUCGGCCCCAAAUGGACUGAAUGCCAUCAAGAGGGUCUCUAUUACGAAACAAAACACUACAGUAAAGCUCUCAUUUGAUGCGCCUGAGACACCAGGGAAACAUCAGCUCGUCCUGUUCCUGAUGUGCGACAGCUACAUAGGCGCAGACCAAGAGCAUAAGUUCGACAUUCGCGUGCGGUAG